UAUAUACUUCCUGGAUUUGGAGUGACAUCACAGACACGGGAAACAGUGAAAACAAACGGCAUGACGUGACGCUGUUUUUGGCGUUACUUGUUGUAGAAACUGAUUAAAAUUGCUGCUUCAACGAUGGACACAGACGCUGCAGCGCAAGAGUUGAGGUGACGCGUUCUGACAACAAACGUGCGCCAGGACGCACAAACACUCAGAAUGUUCAAACUCACAUGUCGUGCAGCUGGUCGUGUUCUCUCUCCUGGCCUGCGCUGUUUCUCCAGAGGAGUGACUGAAGAUGCAUCUGAAUGGGCACAAUCUCCACAUCUCACAGAGCAGGCAUCUCUCUAUGUACACUGGCCUUAUUGUCUCAGGAGGUGCUCCUACUGCAAUUUCAACAAGUACAUACCCAAAAAGAACAACGACCACAUCAUGACUAAGUGCCUUCAGUGGGAGACUGACACAUUGCUACAGCUCAGCCAAGUAGCUUGCAUCACCUCUGUGUUUUUCGGUGGUGGGACUCCAAGCCUGACUCACCCAUCCACCAUUGCUGCCAUCCUCGAAACUCUUUCCAAGCGAGUGAGACUUUCAGAUGAGGCAGAAAUCACGCUCGAGGUCAACCCUACUCCUUCGGGGAUGUCAAAGCUUGAUGAUUUCGUCCGAGCUGGGGUGAACCGCUUCUCCAUUGGGAUUCAGUCUUUGCAGGAUGAGGAUUUGAAAAGUCUGGGAAGGGACCACAGUUCUCAAGAAGCUUUGAAAACUAUUGAAGAGGCCAGGAGGCUGUGCCCUGGCAGGGUGUCGGUGGAUGUCAUGUUCGGACGGCCUAAACAGACAGUUGAAUCCUGGGAAAAAGAGUUGUCUGAGCUGUUGAGGGUUUGUGAUGACCAUGUGUCUCUGUACCAGCUGACUCUGGAGAGAGGCACUCAGCUUUUUAAACAGGUACAAUGUGGGGAAGUGACCGUCCCUGCUGAAGACGUGACAGCAGAGAUGUACCAGUGUGCUAGGAAGACUCUCCAGCAGCACGGAUUUCUGCAGUAUGAGGUCUCUAAUUUCGCAAGACAUAAUUCAGUGAGUCACCACAACAUGAGCUACUGGAGAGGAAAACAGUACAUCGGUGUCGGCCCAGGAGCACAUGGGCGGUUUGUCCCACUCGGGGAGGGUGGAGUUUUUCGGGAAGCCCGGACCCAGACUCUGGAGCCGGACGUGUGGAUCCGUGAGGUCCAACAGAGAGGACACGGGACACGGAGGCGGAUUCAACUCAGUCAUCUUGAACUAUUGCAGGAGGUGCUGGUGAUGGGAAUGAGAAUGACCAGGGGCAUUAGUCACAAGCACUGGGAGCUGUUUAGCCCUGAAAUGGGCCUCCAUGACAUCUUUGGUGCAUCUAUGGAUGUCCAAGAGCUGGUGCAGAGUGGACAACUGAUUCUUGAUGACAGGGGGCUGUGCUGCUCCUGGGAUGGACUGGCCUUACUGGACAGCAUACUUCCAACUCUUCUGGUGGAGCUGGAAAGACACUUUCUUCAGAGGCCACACAGAGACCACUCCGUGUUUACUGAUGGACAAACAAAGACAACUUCCAGCCCCCAAUGACAUUAAAGUUAUAGCGCAAAUACCUUCAUAACAAGAUUGUUUUUGGGUUUGUAUGUGGCUGAAAAAACAUGUAAAAGGAGUAAAGACACCACUGCAAAUCAGUCUGAAAUGUUCUAUUUAAAUUUAAUGUUACACAAUUUAGCUUUCGAAAUUUUCACUUUUCAUUUUAAUGCAUUUUUCAAUACAUUGUCUUACCCUUGAUUUUGACAGAAGCAAAGCAACACUCCACAGGCUUUUAUAUUCUAAUAUUCCAAUCUUGUGCGUCACUCUUGAGACCUGGAAUAUUAGAUUUUAAUGUAUUUUUAAAAGCCUCUGUGUUCUAUGUGCAGUGAUUGCUAGCACAGAAACAUUUCUCGUUAAGCCAUUAAACUGUCAUCUAAACAUGAUUAUCGCUCUCCCUGUGCACAGGAAAUAGUCUGAAUUUAUGGGGACCUAUUCAGUACAUCUCUAUCGAGAAUUCAUGUGGUUUUUUUUUUGUUAGUUUUUUCCCCCUGCUUUUAGAAAUGCAACCGGAAAAAAAAGCCCUAGGCCUUAUUUAAAUGGCCACUAUGGUCAUCACACAAAUGACGACAAAUGAGGUUUUACCAAGAAAAGAUUUGUAGAGCAUAUUUAUUUCAGUCUCAGACGGAGAGUAUUAUGGCCACAAGCAAUAACUGCACGUUUCAUCACAUAUUAUUCAUAAAAUUACCAUUUGAAUUAAUAUUAAUUUCCUGUCUGACUCUCACUGGAGUCUCUAUUCUAUUCCAGGAGAAGUCAUGGAUGUUGGAAGCUUUUAUAUCUGUAAUUUAAUAAUAAUUUUUCCGGAGUUUUCUCAGAUCUGUAAAAGAGAGGAAGUAGAGAUGAUGUGAUAAUGACAAAGUAAUGAAAAAAAUCUAUAUUUAGGUGUUGAAGCUCUAAGGCAGAAACCCCUCCUGGAUUUCAGCACUGCUUCUAAACACAAGAAACUAAAUUCAUAUUAGUUCGUUAACGGUCUCAGAGUUAUAUCAUGGGUCAUGAAGUACUCCUGUAAGAAUAGACUUUAAUGAUGUAGCAUUCAGUGUUACUUGCUGUUAUUCAAAGAGGAGUAAAAAGUAGACUCUUCCAAUAUUUUUAUUUAUAGUUAUUAGCUUAGGAAUAUUAAAAACUUUUUAAAAAUGAACGGUUAUUGUGCAGAUUUUUACUGUGUUACAGUAAUUACAGAUAAUAGCUAGUAAAGUCACAGAGAAAAGUAUUAAUUUACAUGUUAGCUGUAAAAAAGCAAGCUAGAACUGUAGAUAACAUCCACACCAAAAUCUGCAUUUUUAAAAAUGGCCAAUCAUUCUUUUGUCCUGUUUGACUAAACAUCUUCUAGCUAUUGGUCUUUCUCAACAAGCAGUUGGGUGGUUUGAAAAUUAUCUUACAAGUGGAACCCGGGCUGUUCAGAUAGAGGGCUCUUCCUUGGAGGUAUUGCAAGUGAAAAAGGGCGUCCCUCAAGGUUCUCUGCUGGGCCCAUUGUUGUUCACUAUUUAUGUAAAUACUCUUGGACAGAAUAUUCCAAACUUAGCUUUUCAUUUCUAUGAUGAUGACACUGAAAGCCUUUCAGUGUUUACAACUUAAGUUUCAUAGAGUACAGGAACAACUUUGUCAUCUGCAACUUGUUUAAAUUCAGACAAAACAGAAUGAAAGUUCUUUACUACUUGAAAAACACUGUCUGGAAAAAAUGUAACAAGAAAUGCUCAACAUAUUGAGUUGGUUUCUAGAUUUAAAUGUCUAGGAUUUUUAAUUGAUGACCGUUUUUGGGUUUUUUCGGAGCACUUUCAGUAUAUGGUAAAAAGACUGAAAUUCUUACUAGGAUUCUGUUACAGAAACAAGCCUCACUUUUCUUUUUGUGUGAAGCAGAUAUUGGUAGAAAGAGCCUUUUUUCCUGUUAUUGACUAUGGAGAUAUGUUACAGGCUUCUGCCACUUGUCUUACCAUGUACCACGGGACACUGAGAUUCAUUAUCACAUGCGGCUCCUUACUCACCAUUGUGUGCUCUGUUCUGAAGUUAACUGGACAUCUUUAGAUCCCUAAUGUCUCCGUCAUUGGUAUGUGCUUCUUUACAGAAUCAUUCUAGGUAUUGUUCCUUCCUAUUUGUCCUUUUUUCCCCCCAAGGAAACAUGGAAGUCACAAUCUCUGAUCUAUGGAUACUCUGCAAUUUGUCAUCCCCAAAGUAUAAUCUGAACUGGGCAAGAAGGCAUUUAGGUUUUUGGCACCUAAUACUUGGAAUUAAUUUCAAUCUCAACUUUGGCUUCAAGCCCUUGUUACACUGAAUGAACUUAAAGUUCUGGUGAAAUCAUUAUUCUUCUUUGUCUGUGUGCAAAUAUGAACACAUUUUAAUGUUGGUAAUUUUAUCUGUUUAUUAUUUUUAAUGUGAUUAUUCUGCUGCCAUCUUCACCAGGUCUCCCUUGUAAAGGAGAUUUCUGAUCUCAAUGGGACUAACCUGGUUAAAUAAAUGCUUUAAAAAAAAUUACACUUUUUUUUUUUUUACUGUUAUUAUAUCAACAAAGUUAUCAUUAUUUUACAGAUAUUUGCUGUUAUUUGAAAGAAAAAAGUGCAUAUUCAGGACUGAAAAAAUAUUUUUUAUUAAUUGGUACUCUUAUUUAUUAAAGUGUGAUUUCACAGUUUUUUUUCUGUUUUGUUGAAUUACAGAUAUCUAGUAAAAUCACAGAUGAAGUAUUAAUUUUCAUGUUGAUUUGUAAUUGUACACAGUUUCCGCCUCAAAGAUCUAAAUUUCGGCCAAUAGCAAUUUGUUCUUUUACAGUGUGUGACUGUAAUAUGACAGUUUUACUGCAUUUAAAUCAGAUUUUAAAACCAAUCACUAUUUUGCAUUUUUUCAUCUUUUUCUUUUCAGUAUUUCACCAUAUUUAACAUGUUAUUUUCAGGGAUGCCCUUACUUCCACAUUGCCACCGUUAUUUAUUUAUUUAUUUGUUCUUUUGUUACAGAUAGUUAACUGGUACAAUGUGUAAAAUUCAAAUAGACCUUUCUUUAACACAAAUUGCAGCUUUUAUUACAAGUACACUCCUCUCUAGUACUUAACCGUUUCUUUACCCUCUCUUGAUUCUGGUAUCAUUUCAUUUUCUGUAAUUUCAAGUCAUCAUUAUCCACACCGAAUAUUACAAGUCUUGCCUUUGUUUCUUUUUUAAUGCAACCUUUUUUCAUCCAAAGAUAUAUAGAGCUAUUUAUAGAUUUGUUACAACCAAGCACUUCUUGGAGCUCUGACAAACAAACUUCCUUAGAUGUUUGUCCUUGCAUAGCCCUCCUACUCACUCCCACACGAUGCUCUCACUACAAGUCAUACAUGCUAUUCUAGUCUAUUCUAGUCUUAUCUUGUAUAAUAGAGAACACAUAUUUGAUCUGGUAGUCAUCAACCAUUAUAUGAUGAGAUUAUGUAUAGUGGUUGUAAUUCUGAUCACUAUCUUAUUUGAAUAAGAGUAUUUAAGUGUUGUACAGAUCACAUGAGGAAAUCUGUCUGACAGGCUGCGGCCUGCUGAGUAAAGAGUUGUAAAAAGUC